AUGGCGGUCUUCAAAAAGCGAUUCGGGGUCGACCACCAGUCUGACAGCGAAUACUCGAACACAAAAGGGUGGAUCGUGGCAAUCGCUACGGCCGGUGCGGUUUUCGGGUGUCUGGCUUGCGUCAAGCUCACAGAGAAGCUUGGCCGCAGGCUGGCCAUGCAAAUAUUCACCGUGAUCUACAUUGCCGGUAUCCUCGGCCAGACGUUCUCGUCCGGCAGCCUGGCGGCGUUGUAUGUCUCGCGCAUCAUCGCUGGCAUAGGCAUUGGUGCCACGACUGUGCUCCCGCCAAUUUACAUCUCAGAGAUUGCUCCUCGCUCAAUCCGUGGCCUCUUGACCCUUCAAUACACCUGCUGCCAGCAACUCGGUGUCGUUUUCGGGUUCUUCUUCAACUACGGUAUCACGAAGCACUUUGCUGGGUCCCAAACGCAAUGGCAACUGCCCACGGCUUUACAGAUCGCCCCGGCGGUCUUGUGGGGUCUGGGAACGUUCUUCACCCCCGAGUCGGCGCGCUUUCUCCUGUCACGGGGCAAGCCCACCGAGGCCCUCAAAGUGCUCUGCGACUUUCGAAAGCUCCCCACGGACCACCCCUACGUACGGGAAGAGUUCGGGGCCAUGGAGGCCCAGCUCGAGCACGAGAUGGAGAUCGUGGCGGGCGCGUCGGUCCUGAACCUCGCCAAGGAGACGUGGACGGACAUGCCGAACAGGCGGCGCUUCGUGCUCAUGUUCCUCGCCCACCUGUUCUCGCAAUGGUCCGGGGCAAAUGCCAUCACGCAGUACAGCCCCUCCAUCUUUGGGUACCUCGGCAUCCAGGGGGAAGAGGGCCGUCUUCUCGCCACCGGCGUGUACGCCAUCGUCAAGUUCGUUUCGGUGCUGGUCUUCUCCGUCUUCGUCAUCGACUUCAUCGGCCGACGACGGUCCCUCAUCACCGGGGUCUCUCUGCAGAUCACCACCCUCUUGUUCGUGGGCAUCUAUCUCAAAGUCACCAACGGCCUCAGCGCCGAGGAGAUCUCGGCCAACCCGGCUUCCCGGCGGGCGAGCGAGACGUCCAUCGCGGCCAUCUACCUCCACGCAAUCGCGUGGUCGAUCGGGUGGUUCUCGAUCCCGUACCUCGUCAGCGCAGAGGUGUUUCCCAUCCGGAUCAGAUCGCUCUGCGUGUCGGUGCUCAUGGCGUUCCACUGGGCGUUCUACUUUGGCUGCUCCCGUGCGAUGCCCUCCCUUCUGGCGGCGACGGAGCGGUACGGCGCCUUCAUCUUCUUCGCCUCCAUCUGCUCCGUCUCUCUCGUCUACGUGUAUUUGGCGAUGCCGGAGACUUCGGGCAGAUCCCUGGAGUCGAUGGAAAGCCUCUUCAGCCGGCCGUGGUAUACGGUGCACAAGGUUGCCUACCCCAAGGCGGAAGACCUCGCUGCGGCGCCUGCGGCGAGAGACGAGGAGACGCAGGAUGGAAAACCGAGUGUAGCAUACAUGCCGUGA